CCCAAUGAAAAGGCUACUUGUGGGGGCCUCUUUACAAGCAUUGGCCCGCAAGGAGAAUACAUUCUCUGCGCAGUCUCGAAAGGUUGGAAAGAAGGCACCACCAAGAUAGGCGGAUGUAUGAUGGUAUGAACACUUUGCAAGAAAAGGCUCAUUACCACAGUUGCAGCUGAACCAGGAGUUGCCCACUUCAGCCAUGGUGAAAGCCAUCAAGGUUCAUGAACUAGGCGGCCCAGAGGUUUUGAAGUGGGAGGAUGUGGAAUUAGGGAAUCCUAAUGAAGGUGAGGUCCACGUGCGAAACAAAGUAAUUGGGCUUAAUUUUAUUGACGUGUACUUCCGCAAAGGAGUUUAUCAGGCUCCCACAAUGCCAUUUACUCCAGGUGUUGAGGCUGUUGGAGUAGUGAAAGCAGUGGGCCUAGGAGUAACUGGCAUAAAUGUUGGAGAUCUUGUAGCUUAUGCUGGUCGUCCAUUGGGCUCAUAUGCUGAGGAGCAGAUCCUUCCUGCAAACAAAGUGGUGCCUGUUCCUCCUUCAAUUGAUCCUGUUAUUGCUGCCUCUGUGAUGAGUAAGGGUAUGACAGCUCAGUACCUUGUCAACCGUUGCUUCAAGAUUGAACCCAGACACACAGUCCUUAUUCAUGCAGCAGCUGGUGGAGUUGGGUCUCUGUUGUGCCAGUGGGCAAAUGCCCUUGGUGCCACUGUCAUUGGAACAGUCUCAACCAAAGAGAAGGCAGCUCAAGCCAAGGAUGACGGAUGUCAUCAUGUCAUACUGUACACUCAAGAGGACUUUGUGGCCCGUGUCAAAAAGAUAACAUCAAGCAAAGGGGUUGAUGUUGUCUAUGAUUCAGUUGGAAAGGACACAUUUCAGGGAUCAUUGGAAUGCUUAAAGGCUUGUGGGUACAUGGUGAGUUUUGGGCAGUCAUCAGGCAGACCAGACCCUGUCCCCUUGUCGGCACUUGCUGUGAAAUCCCUGUUCUUAACUAGGCCUUCCCUCAUGCAUUACACCACAACUCGUGACGAGUUACUUGAAACUGCUGGAGAUGUGUUUGCCAAAGUCACCUCGGGUGUUCUACGGGUUCGUGUAAAUCAUAAGUACCCUCUCUCUCAGGCAGCACAGGCACAUGCAGAUCUUGAGAACCGAAAAACAUCUGGGUCCAUUGUGCUUGUACCCGAUGAUAUUGACUUGUGUGUCCUGAGGGGGUAUUGAUCUAACCCGUAAGGAUCAGGUUGUAAAGGUUGAGGUCAACCUUGGUAAUUUGACUUGGUGUUGUAAUCGGUGCCGCUCUACUCGUUAAGUGAGCAUUAGUGAAAUCUCCGGGCUUGCGAUCUGAGGCGGGGAUGUAGGCAAUAUUGGUUGAACGUUGAUAACAUAUCGUGUGUCUUUAAUUUUUAGAACUUUAUAUUCUUGUACAUGUAUGUUAUAUUCGAUAUAUUGUGAAUGAUGCAUAUGAUUUAAUUUUCGUA